AUGAAACCGCGCGAACGUUAUUCAUGGAUAUCGUUUCCUGAGAGCGAUACCUUAAGCGGCAUCACGCAGCAUGAACACGCCGAACAGGGCGACGGCGUCGACCGCACUCGCAGGCCUGAAUCCCGAGCUCAAGAGCAACGCGAACACACCGAUUCGUCUCCUCAUGCUGCUCAGGAAAACGAGACGCUUCUCUCCAGCCGAGCAUCUACCGCACUCAGUGGAGCAAUCGAUGACCACUCGCUGGAUGAGUCGCAAAUAAGGAACUUCGAUGAUACCCAUGAGCGUGAGUGCAACACCGAGUACCCCAAGUUACUAUGUCCGACAUCUUCUAACAAGCUUAAAGCAAAAUUUCAAGAUCAAAGCCUGCGGACAUCCACAGAUUGGGUGCCAUACACGCUGCGGCGCCCAUACCUGAUCACUCUUAGCCUAGCAUCACUCAUACUCUCGACCGUGUUAGCAGCCCUUAGCUGGCACUCUUAUAAAAACCAUGGACUCGGAGAUGAGGAUGGGUCUACUGGACUACUCAUUGGAUGGAGAUAUACGCCCACUAUCGUCGCCAUUUUCUUCACGCAGGCUGUUGUCCAGGUUGCGGAAGAUGUAAAGAGGACUGAAGCAUACGCACGCAUGGCCGGCCCCGAAUCUAUCGAAGCCAAGUUCACCCUAUUCUAUCUGCCCAAGGUCUGGUGGAAAAGCAUCUUUGUAGGUUUCUCUCGAAAGCGGAGCGGCGGCCACCGGAGAUGGAAUCUGGCCUUGUCUUCGCUCGCAGCUGGUAUCAGUGUGCUCAGCAUUUCAACCUUCUCGUCGUCCGUAUUCGUUGCGAAAGAAAUCUUGUAUCAGGAGGAUGUGCAGCUUCAACGGUAUGCCGCUGGCCAGACAAUUGGCGAAGACUUGUCACCCAUUCAGCUUUCACCUCGAAGGGAUACGUAUCUCCGAACUAUAAGUGGAUAUCUCUUCAACGUAUCUACAUCUAUCUGGUCGUCGAAUUCGCAAGUCAUUGUACCUUUUGGAGCAUCAAAUGGCGACAAGCGCCAUGCAACGCUUCCGAACGGUAUAUGGCAAGCAGAUACUGAGGUGUUCCAUCUAAACUACAGUUGCACAUCGAUGGCUCUGGUUGAGAAGGACAUAAUCGAUAUUACCUACAAGUAUACAGACAUCCCGAUAACGUCAUGUCCAAACGACACAUGUACUGUCUCCUCAAAGGGUUUCAAAGUUCGAUCAGAGGAUGGUUGUGAGGUCCAAAUCCAAGGUCCAAUCGCUCAAUGGGAUGCUUUGGGAGCCGAGUUGAACUCCGAUGGCUUCAUUAGCGAUACCUUUACAGAUGAUGGAGGCUUGCUCUGGACCAACAUGUCUUCCAAUUACGUGUCGUGGGAGACACUUAUUCGAGAUUACGGUCAGCCUCCAGCAAUUCGCUCCAUUGGAGAGAAGGUCCUCGAGCAAUGGUCUCGCACGUUCAUUUAUGGUUUCUCCGAUCAAUGCAUUGGGCGUGACCUGCUACUUGUAUCGCCUCAAUGGAUUGUCCGGCCGUCACCUGUCGAUGUGCCCGUGGGUGUAUGGGAGAAAGAAUCAUGGGACAACCUCACGAUACGGGCACAAGUAUGCACUCCGGAAUAUCAUACAGCUAGCCUCCCAGUCUCUGCAUCCAUCGACGGCGUUGAAACUUCCAUGUCCUUCGAUGUAUCAGAGUUUGAGCGACGCAGGCAGCCUGUGUCGAAACAAGCCAUCGAUUUCGACUUAUUGGAUGAUCUCACUUUUCGCAGUGACAGUUGGGACAAGUACAUGGCCGUACCUCGUAAUGUUCAUGGUUCUUUUGAGGGUAUAUCGUUGCUUCUUGCUUCAACUUUCGCUCACAACGUAUCCAAUAUUUUGGAGAACGUCACGUUAGAGGAAGAAGCUAGCAAACUUCGGAUGCACUUCACAAAAGAGCUUUUGCUCUCUUCUCUCAUAGAAGCCGACAACCCACAAUUGGAAGAUACAAAAGGGCUUGCUACACGCGUUAGGAGACGGAUUCUGGUCGUCACUGAGGUUGCAAUAACACUCGCAGUAUUGUUCAUGCUCUUGGCAGGCUACAUUGCAGUAGCUGUAUUCUACACAUCGCCCAGGAAAAGACCACUGAACCUCCAUUCAGAUCCUGCCACCGUUGCUGGAACAUCAUCCCUCCUUGGCAGUACUUCGCUUUCUUCUACCACGUUCAGUACAUUCCUUGGAUAUGAAAGAUCGCGCACGCAAGGUCUUAUCCAAUCACGGGUAUAUCAUCUACAAGGCGGCAUCAUUUCAGAGAAGGAAACGACAGGGGAGUCGAUUGAAGGUAGAAAGCCGAAUGUACUCGGCAAGACAAGCGAGCUUUCAGUAAGCCAUCCCAUAUCAAAAGAUGGCUCUCAAGAUGACUGGAGGCCUUCAAUGCUCCUCAAACGAUGGCUUCUUACACUACUGGCUACUCUGAUCGCUGUCGCAACAACCAUGUUCGUUCUUCGCAGAUAUGCACGAGAAGAUAAGCUUUCCCAGACUGCUUUUACCUACCAGGUCGAUUUGGGUUUAUUCGACACGUCGUUCUCUCCUCACUCUGUCGUUGCAACGCUAAUCGCCGUUUGUAUUGGAUUGAGUUGGGAUGGUAUCGAUAAACCUAUGCGGAUUCUGCAGCCAUAUCUCUCGUUGUCGCGGAAACCCGUAGUCCCAAUACGAGGAGCAUCGUUGACUUACCAGUCUUCAUACUGGAUAUGGGCCGCGGCAAAAUCAGCGUCGCGGAAACAUUGGAUGCUUUGUCUAAUAACUACUGGUACAACCUUAACACAAAUCCGUAAGCAUUUUCUCGCUCCGUUGAGUCGUGUAGCUAACCGUGUAGUCAUUAUCUCCAUGGCAGCCGUCUUCGAAAGACAGACCGCAUUGAUUAGUCGGGAAACUUGGGACCCAUCACAUAUUGAUACACUUUGGGUGACAGCACCUUUUGAGCUUCUACAAGAGCCUAUCGACUUUUCCAACCCAGGCGAACGGACGCGCAAUUUCGACUUAGACGAGCAUAUGUUGGACUCAUCCAAUAUUCAGUGGCUCAACCACGCGUUGGACGAGAUCCUUCUAGAAGCACCGCAACUGGCGUGGACUAAGGACGAAUGGACGUUUACCCCACUUGAUAUGCAAGAGCUGCCAAACGUCACAGUAUCCUCGAAAUCGCGUUCCGGUUCUGGGAGACAUGCAAGCUCCGAUUCUCUAGCGUCACCCGCAAACGCGUCUUUCAUCACUUCCGCUAUCCGAAGUCGAUUACAGUGCUCUCCGAUUGCCGUACCUGACCCCGGCUGGCUUGACCAAGCCGCAGACGUUUUUCCCAAUCGUACCAAUGAAGCGCUACAAGGAUUUGCAUUACCAACUACUCUAUUCGACGGCGAAUCGUACAAUACCUCUGUCUUCUCGGCCCGGAGACGGUUGUCAUGCUGUGCGAAUGGCACAGAUCCUGGUCAGCAAGCUGUCGUUGCGUAUUGGAGCAGCAACAGCUCAAUGAUUGAACGGGUGGAUCCCAAUUUCUUCAUACAAGAGUGCACUUAUGAACAACUUACUAAUGGCAACUGCACGAGUGCCAAUGCGCCGUCAGAUCCCCUCAGCGAGGAUGGACCAGAAGAUGUUAUCGUUCAAGGCUCUUGGUACCGUAACUUUACCAUCAAGUGGAUCGUGGGGCCAGGUGUGACUGCGAAAAUAUCUGGAGCUAAUCCAGCUGCGAACCCGAAGGUACAACAAAUAAGCGCACCGUACGGCUCUGCAGAUGAAGAGCUUCUCUACUUCACGGAAGAGCCCAAGAUGGCUAUAAUGGACUGUAUCAUGGUCAUCGAAAAUACAUCCGCCAGUGUUACUGUAGCUAGGAGUUCUGGGAACGUUUUGGACUACAGCUUGGUGGCGGACCCACAGCCUGCUCUGGACGCAUGGGAUUACGCCUGGGAUAUCUUGUACCCUAGUCCAACAUCCUACACAGGAAGAGGAAAUGUCAGUUACGGCCAUCUAUUCAUGACGCAGCUCCUCACCGCCCCACACAUCAUCACACCUCACAUAGCACAUUCCUGGCUAUCCUACAACCGCAGCAUCGAAGAAACAGCAAGCGAACGCUUCAACAUUCGCGACCGGGAUCGUGGGCUCAACGUCGAUUUCAUGUCCUACGCAAACUGGAACCUUGCCAACAAAGACACCGAAUCCCUGCUAAAUGCAACAACGCUAUUGCGACAUUCCGAGAAGACUUUACAAAUAUUCUUCAAACACUUUGUCAAUAGCGGGUCGUCGAGUCUCAGCGGGCGCUGGUCAUCUUCAGGACCUGAGAGAGCAGCCUACCAGCGGGCCUCGUCACAGCCUGUGAAUGGGACGUUUACGAAACGGGUUGAAGUUCUUGCUAUGAAUGAGACGGCAACGUGGCUCUCGCUUACCAUACUCAUCCUGCUUAUCGUUAUCCUGGUUGUUCUGGUUGUGAGCUUGCAGAUCGUAUAUCCGAGCUCAUGCAUGCAACAUCGCGUCGAGUGCUUGGCAGACGUACUAGCUAUGGUUGCUGGAAGCGAGGGGCUGAUCGGUUUGAUUGAAGAGCAAGGUAUCGAAGGCUUUACUAAGAGUGGUAGACUGACUAAAUUGGGUUGGUUUAGAGACGCGCAGGGAGAUGUUAGGUGGGGUGUUGAACUCAUGGAUGCAGAGGGUGUGGAAUGGGUUGAUGGACCCGAGGAAGGUACCUCAAUGGGGCACGCGGAUGAGGAGUCAUCGAUACAAAGCGGAGAAGUGAUUGAUGCGAGCAGUGCGCUCCUGGAAAGUGAAGAAAGGCCACUCUCGCCACGACGUUCCGUUCAAGAGCAGUAG